CAUAUGCAUUCACGAUCGGCGGUUCUUCGAGUCGAGUGUCAGCGGACCGAGACAUAAUCCCAUCGAAAUGGUACCGUGGAUUGUUUUGGUAACCGUGGUACUCGUGGUCGUCGCGCUAGAUUCGGUGCAGCCCGCGGCGGUGCAGUACUACGCCAGUAAGUACGAGCACAUCGAUGUGGAAUCGAUCCUGAACAACCGGAGGAUGGUCAAUUACUAUACAGCGUGUUUGUUGUCGAAGGGACCAUGUCCUCCGGAAGGAGUAGAUUUGAAAAGAAUUCUGCCAGAAGCUUUACAAACAAACUGUGCCAGAUGCACGGAAAAACAGAGAACUGUAGCUCUACGUGCCAUCAAAAGAUUGCAGAAGGAGUAUCCAAAAGUGUGGAACGAUUUAUCAAAACAAUGGGAUCCAGAUGACAUCUACGUAAAGAGAUUCCAGAGAACUUUCGCCGAGGGCUCCAAUUCAGAAAAACCCAGCCACAGUGUUGCGAGUUCUGUAGAUAACAGGUUUCCUUCUCCAGAUGACCACCAAACCGACAACACAAUCGACGGAACCUUCUCUCCAGUCUCAAGCAUCGCAUCAACAACAUCAACCGCACAGAAACCACCUACGUCAUCGAUAAAAGACGCCUCACUAUUACCUUCAUCUGUCUCCACAGAAAAAUCAACGACAACUUUCAAAUCAACCACCACAAAUCUUCCAUCACCAUCUCCUAGCACACCACCACCCAGCAAUCCUUCAUCGAUCAGCAGCAGUACUUACACAACGAGCGAGAGGGAACCACCAGAGUUCAUCCCAGGACUCGUACCGCUUAACACGUUCUUUACUAACCCACCCAUACCCAUCAGGCCCAUAGCCAAUAUUAACUCGAACAUUCAGGCCACGGUGAAGGCAAUAAAAAAAGUUGAACGAUUGGUGACAGAAAUAGCAAUGGAGAAGCUGAAUUUGGUGAAAAAUGUGUUCACGAGACCGUGGAGAAGAAUAAGAAAAUUUACCUGAUGAUACUAUGAUAUUAUCAAAAACGUGAUAUUUGUUUAUAUUAACAAACAUUGGAUUAUCAACAAAGAUCUAAACAAAAUCAAGGAACAUGAAACAGAAUUAAAAGAUAAAAAGAUAUUUUAACACUUAAUUGUACCUAUACCAGAUUCUCGAAAACUGUUUCUUAUAGGUAUUCCUGUAAACGAUGUUAAUAACAAGAGAAAAUAAUGCAUUAUUGAAACUCGGGACUCGAAAGUAUUAAAAAAAUAGAUUCAGAAUCAAUCUUGAAAUAUUUAGAUAAUAAAUUUGAUGUAAAUUGUAAUCGAAGUUGUAAAACGAUUGUAAAAAUAUAUAUUUCUUUAUUUGUAUUUAGAAUUAUAUUAGUAUGUUAAGCAUUUUUUUUAAUAAAAUACCCCAUAAAAAAUUAAAUAUUAUAGAAAUAUUUGUACAAAUUUUAAUGAA